GCACUGCGUUCGUGGAGGGGGGAGCCUUGUCGCCGUCCGGCUCAGGCGCGCUGCGGGCAGGCGCACGGGCGUGUGGGGUUGCUUCUGAGCGGCGGCAACAUGGACGACGAGGAGGAGACCUACCGGCUGUGGAAGAUCCGCAAGACUAUUAUGCAGCUUUGUCAUGACCGUGGCUACCUGGUGACCCAGGAUGAGCUGGACCAGACGCUUGAGGAGUUCAAGGUACAGUUCGGGGACAAGCCAAGCGAGGGAAGACCGAGGCGGACAGACCUCACCGUGCUGGUGGCCCACAACGAUGACCCCACAGACCAGAUGUUUGUGUUCUUCCCAGAGGAGCCCAAGGUGGGCAUCAAGACCAUCAAGGUGUACUGCCAGCGCAUGCAGGAGGAGAACAUCACGCGGGCGCUGAUCGUGGUGCAGCAGGGCAUGACGCCGUCCGCCAAGCAGUCCCUGGUGGACAUGGCGCCCAAGUAUGUUCUGGAGCAGUUCCUUCAGCAGGAGCUACUCAUCAACAUCACGGAACAUGAGCUGGUCCCUGAGCACGUGGUCAUGACCAAGGAGGAGGUGACAGAACUUCUGGCUCGGUACAAGCUUCGUGAGAGCCAGUUGCCCAGGAUCCAGGCUGGGGACCCCGUGGCUCGCUACUUUGGGAUCAAGCGAGGGCAGGUUGUGAAGAUCAUCCGACCCAGUGAGACCGCCGGCCGCUACAUCACCUACCGCCUGGUGCAGUAGCCACAGGGAGCCACAGUGAGGGGCCAGCGCCGCCCGGUGAAAUCCUAGCACUCUGGAGACUGAGGCAGGAGGAUUGCUGUAACCUCAGGGCAAGUUUGUGGACUCUUUAGCAAGAACCAGUGCAGCACCCGUGUUCUGGUGUGGGCGCCUCUGAAAAACAAUAAAAAGAAACCCACCUGUGGCGUGGGGCCUGCCCGGAAGCCUCCAGGAGCAGCUGACCAGCCUUCCCAGCUCACCAGUGCCCUCCUGCCCCGCACCUUGAUGGACAGUUGAAAGGCUGCUCCUCCCCGAGGACCAGGUGCAUGGCUGCUGCUCCCACAGACCCCAGGAUCUGGAGCAGGGUGUGGGUCAUAACCGAUUUGCCUUUUGACCCAAGGGUUCCCAUCUGGCCCGUCUCAGGGGACGUGGCCCUUCAGCCAGCACUGCAUGUCACCAGGCAGCCUGUCCUGCCCCUGUGCGACCUGAGUGCUGGCCGUACCCCACUCCUUUAUCACUGUGAGGUCACUGCUCUGUUCAGGGUCCUCGCAGGCCUCUUGAGAAUUAAAAGAUAUUUUGUGGA